AUGGGAUUUCCAUCCUCUCCGGCGCGCAAGAUACACCAGGUAGUUGGAAGAGAGCGGAGACAAGUGUGGGAAGCCGUGGAGGACUUAAGCUUUUCCCUGGGUUUUCCAGCUGAGUCGCACCUCCAAGAUGAUGAGUUACUACAUGGACACGACCAUCGGCAGUGCAGCCCCUUAUCCUUUGGCUCGGCCUGGAGUGAUGAAGGCGGGAGCCGCCGGUGCCUGCGAGGAUCCCUGGGUGAGCUGUGGCUUCCAGGCCUCCUGCUGCCCGCCCCGGCCCUGCUGCCCGCUGUGGGACGAGCCCAGCACGCAGGAGGUGCCCACGGGGCUGGAGCACUACGGCACAGACAUGGAAUGUGCCGACGUGCCUUUAUUAACUCCCAGCAGCAAGGAAAUGAUGUCCCAGGCCUUGAAAGCCACGUUCAGCGGCUUCGCCAAGGAGCAGCAGCGGCUGGGAAUUCCCAAAGAUCCCCAGCAGUGGACGGAGACGCACGUGCGGGACUGGGUGAUGUGGGCGGUCAACGAGUUCAGCCUCAAGGAGGUGGAUUUCCAGAAGUUCUGCAUGAAUGGAGCUGCCCUCUGUGCCCUGGGCAAGGAGUGCUUCCUGGAGCUGGCGCCUGACUUUGUGGGAGACAUCCUUUGGGAACAUCUGGAGAUCCUGCAGAAAGAAGAGGUAAAACCAUACCCAGCAAACGGAGCGAACACGACGUAUCCCGAAUCCCGCUACACCUCCGACUACUUCGUUAGUUAUGGCAUUGAACACGCCCAGUGUGUGCCUCCCUCGGAGUUCUCGGAGCCCAGCUUCAUCACAGAGUCCUACCAGACCCUGCACCCCAUCAGCUCCGAGGAGCUGCUGUCCCUCAAGUACGAGAGCGACUAUCCCUCGGUCAUCCUGCGGGACCCGCUGCCCGCGGAGCCCCUGCAGACAGACUACUUCAGCAUCAAGCAGGAGGUGGUCACACCAGACAACAUGUGCAUGGGACGUGCCAGCAGAGGCAAACUGGGAGGCCAGGACUCCUUCGAGAGCAUCGAGAGCUACGACAGCUGUGACCGGCUGACGCAGUCCUGGAGCAGCCAGUCCUCCUUCCAGAGCCUGCAGCGCGUCCCGUCCUACGACAGCUUCGACUCCGAGGACUAUCCCGCCACCCUGCCCAGCCACAAGCCCAAGGGCACCUUCAAGGACUACGUUCGGGAUCGGGCCGACAUGAACAAGGACAAGCCCGUCAUUCCUGCUGCUGCCCUGGCUGGAUACACAGGCAGUGGACCCAUCCAACUGUGGCAAUUCCUGCUGGAACUGCUCACUGACAAGUCCUGUCAGUCCUUCAUCAGCUGGACGGGCGAUGGCUGGGAAUUCAAACUCUCCGACCCAGACGAGGUGGCCAGGAGAUGGGGCAAGAGGAAAAACAAGCCCAAGAUGAACUACGAGAAGCUGAGCCGGGGGCUGCGUUACUACUACGACAAGAACAUCAUCCACAAGACGGCGGGGAAGCGCUACGUGUACCGCUUCGUGUGCGACCUGCAGAGCCUGCUGGGCUACACCCCCGAGGAGCUGCACGCCAUGCUGGACGUCAAACCCGAUGCUGACGAGUGAAGAGGACCCAGGGCCACCCCCGUCCUCCUGGAGAGCCUUUGGGACUGUGUUGGUGCGUUUUUUCCCCGCGUUUUUUGCUGUUCCUUUUGCCGUUCGUUACGUUGUGUUUUUUUUGGGAGCGACUCGGAUUUGAUGCUUUGAGGGGGUCGGGUGGAGGAAGAGGCAAACUCUAGGCCAAAGUUUGGUUCAGAGUUAGGCUGGGCUUUGUGGUUGUUUCCUGCAAGCUCCAAGACAGGCUUUUUUUGGGGCGAAAUUCUCUCCGUUCGUUACGUUGUUUUUUUUUUCAAGAGCGACUCAGAUUUGAUGCUUUGAGGGUGUUAGGGGAGAGGGUGGAGGAAGAGCCAAAUUUUGGCCAGUUUGGUUCAGAGAAGGAUGGGCUUUAUGGUUGUUUCCUGCAAGCUCCAAGACAGGCUGUUUUGGGGUGAAAUUCUGAGUUUAAGAAAGCCAGAAAAAUGUAGCUCAUUUAAAAAAACCAACAACCCCCUCCCCACCCUUUGCUGUUUAGAAAAAAUAUGAUGAAAUGGAUCCCUGUGGUUGUUCACCCAAACUGACAGUUCAAGAAAUGACAAUAUUCCCGAGGAUUUCAGGAUUUUCAACUUUUUUUUGGGGAGUUGGGGAGGGGAAAAACCAACUGGGUGAAUAUUCCUGCUUCGGGGAGGGGCAAUAUAGGAAAAACACAAGAACUGUUGUUCUUGUUCCAUCACUUUUCUGUCCAUUGUCUUCUUUUCUACAAGAGACAGAUUUUUUUUUUUCCUAGGAGGGAUCAAGACUCUUUUUUAUUUUUUAUUUUUUAUUUUUUAAUUUGUUAAAGUUUUAUUUUAUUAAAUUUUGUGCCAGUAUUUGGUUGUUUUUUUAUUUUUUUUUAAAUAGUCUUAAGCUCUAAAAUGGUCUCAGUAUUGCAAUAUUGUGUGUGUUUGUUUCUGUUAUGCCAGCAGAGAAUUUUAUCACAGUGAGGAAAAGGAAAAAAAAAAAAAAGAAUUUAGUUUAUGUAGACCCCACUGGAGAAUUGGAACGUUGCAACUUGGAUGUGAAGGAAAACUAACUCCAAACUGGCUCCUGGUGAUGCUGGCUGGGUGUGCCACCCUCAUUUCCAGUCCCACACUCUGUGCUGAUAAAGCUGGUUGAAAUAUCUCCUUUUGGUUUUGUUUUUUUUUUUGCCUGGCUGCACAAAGCCUCUCAAGAUUUCCAUGGAAAAUGUCCUUUUUUUGUGUUUUCCAAAUAAUUUCUUUGCUCAAGGAUCACUUUGGUGCUUACAGAAAAUUAGGCUUGUUUGUUUGGUUUUUUUCCAACAGGGAGAAAUUCCUGUGUUUUCAAGGUGACAAAUGGAAAACACAGCAGUGAACUGAGGGGGAAAAUCAGGAAAAAGUUAAAAACCCAAAGGGAAAUGUUUUUUCCUUUCUGUUGUGACCAGCUCUGUCUUUAGUGCUGUGUGUGUUGACCUGCCUGGGCACAGGAGGGGGAAAAUUAUCCCUGCAAACGGGCUUUUUAUGGCUUUUUGGAGCCCAACCCUGGCAGGUGUGAGGGACACGAGGCAAACACGAGGUCUUGUGCUCAGGGGAGAUGGUUUUGGGAUCAAUCCCAGUGGGAGCUGCUCAUGGGAUCAAUCCCGGUGGGAGCUGCUCGUGGGAUCAAUCCCAGUGGGAGCUGCUCAUGGGAUCAAUCCCGGUGGGAGCUGCUCGUGGGAUCAAUCCCGGUGGGAGCUGCUCCCUCUGCUCUCCAAACCUUUGCUACAGCUGGUUUUUGUUUGGAGGGGUCAGUCCUGCUGUGCCAAGCACUUCCUGGGAUGCUCUGGGAUGCCUUAGAGGAUCCGUGAGUGUUCCCAUAUCCAGGUGCAACCUCAAAGCUGGAUCCAUGAGGAUCUGGCUGCCCACUGGAGUCUUCCCCCCCAGGCCUUUGCAUUCCAAGCCAGUGUUACGUGUUUGAACCAAAAGUACCUUCUUUUCGUGUUGUUUGUCAGUCUGUGUUUUAGGGCAUGGAGGUCAUUCCAGGGGCACUGUGGGGCACCAGUGGGGUCAGAGGCUUUCCAGGGAUGGGGGUGGGCAAUGCCUGCCUGAUCCCAAAGGAUCAACUUGGAAGGACAGGACACUGAGUGUAAAGAGCCAAAAUAUUCAGGCACUUCCCCCCUGAGCAGGGGCAGGGCUGGAGGGGGAGCCCAAUCCCAGGGUGAUGCUCAGGGGUCCUGGACCCUCAUCCAUUUCCUCUGGAGCACCUUGGGAUCCUAAAAUUGGUCAUUUUAGGGCAGGUCAGCCCCAAAAUUGCUGCUGCUUGAAAAGAAAAUGCUGGUGGAGGGGCAGGGAGUGGCCAGGAGGGAGCUCCAGCCCGGGGGGGUUUGGACAGGGAGGUUGUUACACCGGUGGCUCAUGGCUGGGGGUUGUCCCCCUGAGCCCACGGGAGGAAAAGGUGGGAUGGAUGGAAAGGAGGGAAGAGGGGAUGGCUGGAGGGUGAAGGGAACACGCCCCAAAGGAGGAAAGGGAUGCUGCCCACCGGGAGGUUAAGCCCUGGCUCAUCUCCUGGGCACACAGGGAGGGUGGGGAAAGCAGAGGAGAGGAAAAUUGGGAUGUCGUGGCUGAGUCCCCUCCAUCAGUGAGGCACCAGGGCAGAGCUCCACUGUGUCCUCUGAGCAGCUGGAAAGGGAGUGCAGGGAGAUGGGAGGGCACAGAGGGCACAGGGAGCAGCUGGUACAGGGCACCCCAGCAGGACACUCCGAGUGGGUUGGAUUUCCAGCAGUUGGAGGAGUUUGGGGGAUGUUCAGGGUCCUGUCUUGCUGCAAAGUGCCCUGAGCUUCCCCAGCAUGGGUCACUUAGAACCCCCUUACACCCACAGAAAGGUGCCAGGCACUCCAGCUCCUGCCCUGGCACCGUGCCCUGUCCCAGGACACCCCCCCUGCUUUGCUGAGUUGCUCCACUGCAGCUGAAGUGCCUUUUGCAAGCAAAAAACUGGGAUAAAAUUUCCCUCAAGUAGGAGGAAGUGCAGGUUCAGGUACAACCCCAUUGUCCUGCCAGGCUAAAUCCCACUUCCACCCCACCAUGCUUAUUAUUCCAGGUUUCCAAGCUGUGUUCCCAGUGCCUUUGGGGAGGUGGUUUAGAGGUUGGAAAGGGUGAGCCACGGGAAGCAGCUCUGGUUUUCGGAAGCAGCCCCUGGCUGGAGUUUCUCCAUCGUUUCUCCAGGCCAUCCCAUGCCAGGGCCAUCAGGGCCAUCAUUUUCUCUUUUCCUUUCCUUUUCAUUCCCACUCCGGGAUCAUCCCCGAGAUGUUUGCUGUUUAUACACUGGAAAUGUGCAGAUUUGUCUUUGUUUCUUUAGAUUUUGUUCCUUUUUCCUUCUCCUCCUGCCUUCCCUGCUGGCCUUUGGCGAGGGCUGUGCUGGACCAGCCUUGCUCAGCCCAGCCCCUCUGAGCUCCUGGCCUUCAGCUCCACGGAAAUUUGGGAUCCCCCCUGUGCUGGGAUAUCCAGAAGGCUGGAUUGGAGGGGGAUGAUGAGCUGGGACUCACCCCUGGGCUGGUUUCUCUGCGUGGGGGUGAAUUCCACCCCCAUGGCUGUUGGAAAUCGGGUGGGUUUGCCUUGUUUUGGGAUGUCUCAGGUGCUUUGGGGUUUUUUUGGGAAUAUUUUCUGUGUCCUGCUCAUUUUCUACUCUUCUCCAUGUGGUUGAUGUCCCUUGGUCCCUCUGGCAGAGCCUGAGCCCUUCUUUACAAACAGCUCUCGGGGGCCUCCACGGUCGAUAUUUGGGACCAAAAAAGAGGGGAAAAAACCCCAAUAAUGAUAAAAAACACAAGCACUUUUCUGCUGCCCAUCUCCAUCCCCGUGUGUGGGACCACCAUAAUCCUUGGACAUUCCUGUGUGUCCAAGUGUAAAUCCAUGGUAUUCCCACACAUCCUCAUCCAGUCGUGACCAUUCAGGUGGAGAAAGAACCAAAAAAGAAAAGAUAAAAUGAGAUUUAACCUCCUCACGUUUUCCAAACCAACUCCUCCUCCAAAAAAAGGGUCCCAGAAAUCCCCAGGAAAUCCAGGAAUCACCUCCAUCUUAUGCUUUUUGCUCUUUUUGGAGGGGUUUUCUCCCAGAUUUUAGGGCUUGAUUGCUUAUUCCAUUGGAAAAUUGGGAUGCCUUGGCGUGCUCUGCUCUCUGGUAGGGUCUAUAUGAUACCCCUGAGCUGUUGUCUACAUUCCAAAGAGGUUUAAAUAAAUGAUAAAUCUAUGUAUACAUAUAUGUUAUAAUGGAAUAUCUCCAGGAAUUAACUGCCUCAGUAAAAAAAAAAAAAAAAGAAAAAAAAAAAGAAAAAAAAGGAAAAAAAAGUCUUUUUUUUGGUUUUAUUUUGUUUUUACGCAUUUUUUUUAAGCUGAUAAACAGAGAAGAAGAAGAAGAAGAAAAAAAAGAGAUUGUUAUAUUGUGCUGUUCGACUAUUUUCCAACUUGUAUUUUCAUAUAAUUUAUAUUUUUUAAAAGUGGGGUGGGGAAAAAAAAAAAAGAAGUUUAAAAGUGAGAUUUAACAAAAAAAAAAAAAAAAAAAAAAGGAAAAAGCAGGUGCUUUUUAAAAAAACCCCUGAGCUGAGGUAGCUUAGAGAUGUAGCGACGUGUGUGUGUGUCUGUGUGGUGUGUUUUGGUCUGUUUUGGUCUUUUGUUUUUAAAGGAUACAAAAUGAAAUCCCUCCUGCAUUGAAUGGCUGAGGAAGGGGGGGUUGGUUCUGUUUGAAUUGCUGAUGCUGGCACAUCAUUUUGCUGGAGAGUUUUUUAUAUACUGUAGCCUUAUUUCAUAUCGUAUUUUAAACCAUGUGAAAUUAAAAGAAGAAUAAUUCCUAA